GGAAUAUUUUGACAGGAUGAACCUAAAAUUGCGCUUUUAUUGGACUCGUUUGGAGUAUGGUUCAUCCCCGGAGCCAACAACAAAAGGGAUUUGGUAAACGCGCUACAAGUAUCCUACUGGUGGAACACAAUGACUUUGGACACCAGCGACAAUACUCAUAAUAACGUCAGCCAUGAAGUCUGGAGGAGAGCCCCAGCAUCACAAUGUAUCCCUUGGCUUGUUGUAACCAGCAUCGAGUCUUUGGCCAUAAUUUUUCUUAACGUCGUCACCAUUAUUGUAUUUGUGAAGCAGCGUCGGCUACAGCGGGGAAGUACAUUCUUGAUCAUCCACCUGGCUGUAGUCGAUCUUUUGGUCGGAGUUGCAGGACCUGCUUGGAUUGCCAGAUUGGGAGACACCUGGUGUAAUCUGUGGGGCGACAACAGCUCGACUGAUGAAGAAUCAUGGAUACGAAUACAAAAAGUUUUCGAGUCGAUAUUCUUAUUUGUGUCUCUUUUUAAUCUCUCCGUUAUUUCUCUAGAAAGAGUUCACGCCACUUUUUUUCCAUUCAGGCAUCGCUUUGUAAAAAACUGGGUUUAUGGACUGUUAAUAGCUGUUAUAUGGGUUGUACCUUUAGCAUUAAGAGGAGCACAAAUAGGGAGCCGGAUGGGGCGCAAUUCCAGCUUUGAUUUCGAUUUUAUAAUGUUACUUUCAUACUUUGCUGUUCAACUUUCUGUGAUUUGUCUUUCCUACAUUUCUAUAUAUGUCAAAGUUCGUUUCAGUCGUCAUCCUCAACAGCACGGUGCAGCCGGUGUGAGAGAAAGAAAACUGACGAGCACUUUGUUUCUUGUCACUGUUGCAUCGUUAUUAACAAUUUUGCCCACCAUCAUAAGAUUAAGUAUCAUUGUUUUUGACUUCCAGUUCUUCACGAGCCUUUCAAAGCGAUCAGCGAUGGACUUUCUUCUUAUAACCGUUGCUUUCUUGUUGACCAACUCGCUAAUAAAUCCCGUAAUCUACGCCAUACGAAUGCCGGACUUGAGGGCAGGAAUUUUAAGGAUAAUAUUCCGCACGAGUUCAAAGCGCCCUCGUAAGGAUGUUUUGCCUCUUCAAAAUAUUUAAUUUAUUCACCUGUUUCGAAAAUACAGCAUUAUUUAAAAUAAUUAGAUGAAAAAGUCCUAUCAUUCCUUAUACAACCUAAUAUGGUUCU